CGAGUUCACGUUGUACUAGCAAAGCUCUAAAUUCCACUGUCAUAUCGAGCGCACAGUGAGACGUGCACGUUUCAGAGGUACUUUGAAGUAUUUUACACGUUUGGAGGAUAUUUCGCUACGUGAAAACCUUGAGACUCCGUGUGACAAUGGAGGCUUAUUUACGGAGCUGUCGCGACGUCCUGGAGGGUGAUUGUAAGGACAGCCCUGGGCUGCAUAUCAUAUUGGGGAAUGAGGCUUGUGAUACGGACUCUAUGGUAUCAGCCAUGACCUUCGCCUACUUUCUUUCAAAGACUCUGGACUCUAAAAGGGUACCGGUGCCUGUACUCAAUAUCCCUCGGCGUGAGUUUCACCUUCGUUCAGACAGCAUCUUUCUGCUAAGAGAGAGCGGUCUGUCUUGGGAACAUCUCCUCUUCAGGGACGAGGUGGAUCUUCAUAGCUUGCACAAGGCCAAAAAGCUGACGCUAACACUGGUCGACCAUAACGUUCUGCCCAGCUCUGACAGGGAUCUUGAAGACGCCGUUGUGGAAGUGAUUGACCAUCACCUCCACCAGAGGUCCUCAUCUCCCUCAUGCUCUGUCACCGUGGAGACUGUAGGCUCCUGUGCCACUCUUGUGACGGAGCGCAUCGCCCAAAAAGCGCCUGACGUGCUGGACCAACAAGUGGCUCAGCUUUUAUAUGGUACCAUAAUCCUAGACUGUGUAAACAUGGCGCCUGAGGCAGGUAAAGUCACCCCUAAGGACAGCCAGUACGCCAUCUUUUUGGAGAAGCGUUUUCCAAAGCUGCCCCCGAGGGGCGCCCUGUUUCAAUCCUUACAGAAUGCCAAGUUUGAUGUUUCAGGUCUCUCCACUGAACAGAUGCUGUUAAAAGACAUGAAAGCUGCAUCUGGUGGGGAUCUACGACUGGCUGUCAGUGCCAUUUAUAUGACACUAGAGGAUUUUCUACAGAGGCGUGGCCUGCAGCAAGACCUGUGUGAGUUCUGCCACAAUCACAAAUAUAACCUACUGGUUGCCAUGACGAUCUCUUUCAUCGAUAACAAGGAGCCCUUCAGACAGCUUGCUGUCUACAGUUCCAGCACUCUCUACAGGGAAGAGAUCUGUAAAGCGCUAGAGAAAGCCAGAAACCCCAGUUUGGAUCUUAAGCCAGUGGGCAGUCCAUAUUUGGAUAUCAAAACCUAUAUACAGGGUAACACGUUGGCAUCACGCAAGAAGGUAUUUCCUAUAAUCACAGACUUCCUGAAAGAGUGGGAAAGUAAAGUAUUUCAAAGCGGAAACAUGGAGGACUUGUAUCUGGAUGAUGAAUCCAAUCAGGACCAGAGUUACUCGCAUCAAUGUGCGGAGGAUGCUGGGAACGAGGACGAUAGCCGAGUCCCCCCAACGCCGAUGAACAGUCUGGUUGACGGCUGUCCUUUGGACAACGGCCUGCCGAAAAUCUGUCCCGAGGUUUUGGUGGAGAAAGUUAGCAAGAUGGCCAGCAUGGAGGAUGAGUCUCCUGACGGACAGUGAUGUAGGAGCUGUUGUGUCAAAGAGUUCAUCAUAGGAGCUGGAGACGGCCAGUCCUUUAUGACAGCCUACAGAUGCAGUGCAUAUACAGCAGUGGUGCACAAGGGUGAGGAAACGAAGCGGCAAUUUUUUUUAUCGUCUGCAAGCUGGUACAACGAGGUCAUAGGAGGACUUUCUUUUGACUUAACGGAUUGGUACAUUGAAUGCAGCAUUACAUGCGUUAUAUCUAUCAUAAGGGUCGCUCAAGUCUGUAUUGCUGGACGAUAAAUUCCCUAGUUAUUAAUUGGGCAUAUUCAUAUUUUGUCAUUAAUUAUUUAAAUUGAUAAGGUGUGGCUUUGACCCACGUCAUUUUUUAACAGUGUUCAGAUCAUUUGGGGAUUAUCUUAAACGAAUGAUUUAAUUUGGUCCAAUGAUUGACAACGUGCAUCCAGUGCUUGUAAAAAAAAUGGAAAAGUAAACCAUCUGAGUUAUGUAUAAUGCCCCGGCAUACUUCUGUAAUGUCAAUCCAGUGAAGUGUCUUAAGGCCAUUGCACAUUGAGUCAGAAAUUUGCGUCCAAAAUUUCCUCACGUUUAAAAAUAAAUACGACCUCGCGUUUUGUCAAUCACAUUUACACACUGCCUCCAACAUUUUCAUCCGUCAUAAGACUGGGCUUGAAUUUCUGCAUUUUUCGCACCUGUAGCGUUUAUUUUGAGAAGCGUUUUGACAAUUCAGAGACACCGUACAAACCAGCACCAAAUACGGAAAAACGCAUAAGAAAAUUUCUGACUGUAUGUGCAAAGAUCUUUAAUGUUACAAAUAAACGCAACAUUGAAAAUCUAGAUACUCUGUGGUAUAGAUGUAAACAAAGAAGGUGUUUCCCGAAAUGUUCUCUGUGGCUGUUUAAUGGCAUGUUGUUGAUUCCCUCGUGAACUAAUUGAAACUUGUUCAUAGGUUUGUAAGAAGUGAACUGAAAGUGCAUUUACACUAAUACACUUACUGAGCCAGUAAAUGGUUCAUAAGCAAAAAUGUGAAGCCUGCAUUUUUGUUAAUGCAUCUGCAUGACAAAUUUUAGCCUUGUGUGAAUACCAAGUUCAAAUAAUCAAGUUUAUAACUUUAGCUGUUAUGGUUCUGGUCACAUGCAUGCUAGGCUUCCAUUGUAAGUGUUACUGUAAAUAUGUUUCCAGUUUAUUCUUGCAAGCUGAGGUACGAGUAAACGUUUUGUCUAUGGUUAUCAAGAGUGUCACAGAUGUGUUUCAUAUGUACGGUUAAUAACACAUUUCCCAGUGAUUGUAAGUGAUGAAAAACGAGACCAAUCCUUAUGAGGCCAUUUGUAGAUGUACUAUAUGUUAGCUCAAAUGCUGAUAGCUAAAAUCUCAGUUUUAUGUAAAACCAAGGAGGUACGAACCUUUAGGUCUGUGGGAGGCAUUUUAAGCAUUUAAUCAUUUUAAAUGAUAGUUUCCCUUGUACUUUGUAUUAUUUUAGCUUUUAUUAUUUAUUGAUUUAGGUUUUGUCUACAUAUAUUUUAAGCUUAAAUGUGUGGAGUGGUCCUAUUAGAGGCUUAUCCAACUCCAGUUCUGGAGGUCCAGGUAUAUCAAACCAAAACAAUCCCACCGCAGAAACGUAAAGUUUUACAAUUCAUUUGUAUGAAUUCAUACGUUCUUAUUUCAGAGGAUUUGCUUUCGAGCUAGUGAAGUUAGUGUGAGGGGCGGGGUUAGGGGUGGAGCCGCCGUAUUGCUUUUUUUCUAGUAACCGUACGUUUUUGUGCGAUUCCCGCGGAUAAGCAUCCUCGUAAAAUAGUUACGGAUUCCUGUGAGAUCAGGUUGAUAAAAAACGCAUCAGAAGAGGGUAUUGCGUCCUGCGGCCCCCUAGUAAAGGAGUUGAAUAUCUCUGCUUUAUAAUUUGGUUAAUGGAUUGCAGUUUAUUUACUGGUGUGUAUAUGACCGGAAUUAUAACAUCAAAGACCAUCACAUUAGUAUAUACAACUUAUUUGGUAGUUACAAAAGCUCAAUUACAAGGUCCUGAUUGGAAAAAACAUACAGUUUUAAAGGUACAGUGUUUCAUUUUUUGGAGGAUCUAUUGACAGAAAUGCAGUAUAAUAAACAUUACUAUAUCUUCAGAGAAAGAGAUUACACAAUGAAGCGUUAUGUUUUUAUUACCUUAGACUGAGCUAUUUCUAUCUACAUACGCCGCGGGUCCCCUUAUACUAUCCCCAUAUAAUACGCCAUGUUCUGUCAGCCGUCGUCUCGUUUUGAACAGGUGGAGCGAGUGGUCAUUUCAAUUCUAAACCUUGCCAUUAGAUUUCACUGACUGGACCUUUAAAUCAUUUGGAUUAUUAACAUGUGGAUUACUAAAAUUGAAUUUUAGUUUGAACAGAUAUCGGCCUCUGGUAUUGAAGUUGUAGCAUAUGAUAUGAGAUCAUAUUCUGAUGUUGUAGGGUACUUCUGUGUUGUGUAUACUAUACUGUUAAUAAACCAUGACUGAUGAUGGUGAACACCGAGCAUUGCUGCAUGCUGCCUGAGGAAAUAGCACAUUGUUUUAUUUCCAAAUGAGUCUGCCAAUCUGUAAAGAACGACAAAUCAGUUUUUAUGGUCUGACAUUUCAAGGUACAUGUAUUCGUGUGCUGUUAUUGUUGUGAAGCAGGACAUGCAGAAUCACCUACUGUAUCACAUGUAUUUUGAUGCGAAAACCUUUUUUUAUUUCAAAUCGCAAACUUUGUAAUAUUCAUUGAAUAUGAAUAAACUCCUGUUCAUUGUU